UGGGGCCCCCGGGCAAUAGGGGAUCAUGGGGCCCCUGUGUCCUUGCCCAAACUCAAAAAAGCCUAUGAAAAAGGUACCAGGGGCAUCACAUUGGGCCCCCUACUGACCCCAGACCCUCGGGCAGUGCCUGAGUUUCCAAAUGGUCAGUCCGCCCCUGCUUACAGGUACCCAUGAGCUACAACUGGGGUGGACUGACAACUCAUGGGGCCCUCGGGCAAUAGGGGAUCAUGGGGCCCGUGUCCUUGCCCAAACUCAAAAAAGCCUAUGAAAAAGGUACCAGGGGCAUCUCAUGGGGCCCCCUACUGACCCCGGGCCCUCGGACAGUGCCCCAGUUUCCAAAUGGUCAGUCCGCCCCUGUUCACAUC